UCCCCCACAUCCGACGUUAUCCUCUAUUUCCUUGCCAUCUUUGUCCCGCCCCUCCCAGUAUUCUUCAAAACGGGAUGCGGUGUAGAUGUCCUUAUUAACAUCUGUCUCUGGAUCCUCGCUUGGAUACCCGGUGUGAUACACGCCUGGUACGUC